UAUCCCUUGAAUAUUGGUCGUGACAUGUCACGGCCGUCCAUACCCAAACCUACGACCAUGGUUUCAUAAGUUAGAAUUCAUAAAGGAGUCUGAAAAUGAUACACACCCCAACCUGUCUCGAUAACAAAUGUUGCUGGACGAUAAAUUAUCCCAAGAAUUAAUGCGAUAUAAACUAUGAUAUCUUAUUUUCAAAGUUUUGCUCUCUCCAAGACAAUGAACGUUAAUUUUAUAAAAACACACAGGAUCAAAACCAUGAAAGACAUAGAAUACAAAGUCUGUAAACAAAAUAGGCAAUCAAAUAAUAUUAUUCAUCAAAAUGGAAAUUAUUGGCCUCAUUUUAAUUUGUUUUGUGAUGAAUUUGUUAUGACUAAUGUUGGUCGUCUAAUCCCUGUUAAGGUUCGGCGAUGAAUCCCAGAGCGGACCCAGCUGACGACUUCCUCCUCCAGGAGCCCUGGCUUCCUGUCUGCAUCGACGGCUGCCAGCUGCUGGCCAAGAGCUGGUUCAGCGAUGCAGAGUACUGCGUCCUGCUGACCGACAUGCAGGGCGUGUGGGAGGAGCGGAUGGAUACAGCGGCCAUCGAGCGCCGGGCGCAGGAGCUGAACCGGCGUCUGCGCGCCGCCGUCCAGGCCUUCUUCUCCCAUCUGCGUGAGGCGGCUGAGCCCUGGCUGUCGGGGGGAGGCGGCGGCGAGGCCCAGAUGUGUGUGUGGCGGCGUGACGGGGUCGUGACCUUGAAGCUGAAGAGCGAGCUGGCCGGCCUGCCGUUCCACUGGGAGUUCCGCUGCAGCCCCGCUCCCGUCGCUCUGGUGUGCUCUCAGCUGGUGCGCCCCCUGCUGGCCAUGAGCCGCCUGCUGCACAGGCAGCUGGAGGAGCAGGGAGAGCUGCUGGCCAGGAAGGACCAGGAGAUCCAGGACUACCGGGAGAACGGAGCCACGCUCAGCAGAGAGCGCCUGCAGACGGACGUUUUCAACAAACAGCUCUACACAGAGGACUUCAUUCAGAAGAACCUUCCUCUGCUGCGGUCGGAUCCGUCCGACGCUCCGGGAUUCAACGCCGACCUGCAGCGGCUCUACGCCGCCGUCGCCGCACCGCACAAACGCAGACGACCGCAGGAGACCCACGGCGACCCAGACCGGACAGAACCACCAGAACCACCAGCACAGACUACAGUGAUUGGACCUGGCGGAGGCGACCCAGAGAACCAGAACCCCAGCGGCCAGGUUGGACCCGACAGUGCGGCGCAGGCUGCGGCCGUCGGAGCGACUCGCCCUGCGGAGCGACAGUCCUCCAGACCAAAGAAGAAGAAAGUGGGCCUGUUCCGAUGACAGACAGGAAGUGACUCGGUCGCAGCGUCUGAUUGGCUCAGAGUUUUAAGCUUUUAAAGUUUUAUCUUUGUGUCAAUAAAGUUUACAUCAUCA